AGUGUAAACAGUGGGAGUCCCUGAGCUGCGGUGCAUGUCGCUGACUGUGACGCUUCCUGUUUCUUACAGUACGGUACAGUGAGGGAUGCGCGUUGCAUUGUGGGGAUACAAACACGGCGCACGGAGAGCAGCGGGGAGCACAAAGGAUUAAAACCAGCACCUCGGAAACUUUCUGCACCGGCGGGGUUGUGAUGUGAAUUCACGUCGGCGUCAUUCGGACCGUGAGGUUUGGCGGGUGGCGGGCUGACAGCUGCCCGAGAGGCGGUGCAGGGACCGAGGGUGAGCGGCGUGGAGCAGCAGCGCGCACCGCGGGCUCCGCGCGACCGACCGACCGACCGAACCGCCGCUGCUUUUGUCAGCCGAGCCGUUCGCAUCCCGAGGCCCGGGCCGCUAUCGCAGGCCUCCCCCCGCACCAGGUAAACUCUUUCCCCCCCACAGUCAGCGGGAUUACGAUAACCCCCGCAGUCCACGCGUGUGUCGGGCCGCGUCGUUGUCCGGGUAUCGAUCGGGAAAACGGAACCAUCUAAUGGCUCCGCGGUGCUCUGGCUAGCGCUAGCCUGGUGGCUAACAGUAGCGAAUGAGAGCAGGGUUAUUCGCGGUCAAACCGGGGAUGUGGCUAAACCGACUUCAAAAUAAAUGGGGACGCAUUUCCUGUGCAGAGUCAGGAAGUGACUCCAACAUGGGGGUCAAAACCUUCACUCACAGCUCCACCUCUCACAGCCAGGAGAUGCUGGAGAAGCUGAACGCUUUACGCAACGAGGGUCACCUAUGUGAUGUCACCAUCCGUGUCCAAGACAAGCUCUUCCUGGCCCACAAAGUGGUCCUCGCCUGCUGCAGUGAAUUCUUCCGCUCCAAACUGGUGGGCCGGCCGGAGGAGGAGGACAAGUUUGUGUUGGACCUUCACCAUGUGACUGUUAGUGGCUUCGCUCCUCUGUUGGAAUAUGCGUACACGUCGACCCUUUCCAUCAGCACCGAGAAUAUCAUCGAUGUCCUGGCGGCUGCAAGUUAUAUGCAGAUGUUUGCUGUGGCGAGCACAUGUUCAGAGUUCAUGAAGUCAAGUAUUCUGUGGAGCCCAGGUAACAACAACAACAACAACAACAACAUGGCAGCAGAUAAACCACAUGAAUCAGCACAAGAGAGUGCCUCAUCAAACUGUGCCCUGACACCAUUGGACGGCAGCGUUUCACCUGUGUCGUCGGACUGUAGCGUGAUGGAGAGAAAUGUGCCAAUAUGCCGCGAAUCGCGACGGAAGCGCAAGAGCUUUGUAACGAUGGCGUCGCCUGAGAGUCCACUCAAAUGCACUACACAGAUUGUCACCACCUCCCCUCAGAUCCCCAACCCAUCCCCCUCGUUCUCAGACAGCACAGCCCAGCCUGUGGAGUCCUCCCUGGCCUUUCCAUGGACUUUCCCAUUCGGCAUCGACCGAAGGUUCCACUCAGACAAAUCAAAGCUCCCAGAAAGCCCUCGUUGUUUAGAGCAGGGCGCUCCAGGGACCUCAGAGGUCGUGGUUGGCCGGCGGCUCAGUGACUACCUGACGUGUGAGAGCUCCAAGGCAGUGUCGUCGCCAGUGCCCGCAGAAGAGGAAGAUGUGAGGGUGAAGGUGGAGCGUCUUAGUGAUGAGGAGGUCCAAGAGGCGUCCUCUCAACCAGUCAGUGCCUCCCAGAGUUCGCUGAGUGACCAGCAGACGGUGCCAGGGAGUGAACAGGUCCAGGAGGAGCUCCUCAUCAGUCCACAGUCAUCCUCUAUAGGGUCGAUGGAUGAGGGAGUGUCUGAGGGAUUGCCGUCAAUGCAGAGCACGUCUAACGCUGGAGGACAUGCAGAAGAUGAUGAAAGGUUGGAUGGUAUUCAGUAUCCAUACCACCUCUACAUCAGCCCUUCAGCCCGACCAGGCACCAAUGGCCCUGAUCGGCCUUUUCAGUGUCCAACCUGCGGAGUCCGAUUCACACGUAUUCAAAAUCUGAAGCAGCACAUGCUCAUACACUCCGGCAUUAAGCCUUUCCAGUGUGACCGCUGUGGGAAAAAGUUCACACGGGCCUACUCCCUAAAGAUGCAUCGGCUGAAGCACGAAGGUAAACGCUGUUUCCGGUGCCAGAUUUGUAGCGCCACAUUCACGUCCUUCGGUGAAUAUAAGCACCACAUGAGGGUCUCCCGACACAUAAUCCGCAAGCCGCGGAUUUACGAGUGCAAAACGUGCGGCGCCAUGUUCACCAACUCUGGCAAUUUAAUUGUACACCUGAGGAGUCUGAACCAUGAGGCAUCCGAGCUAGCAAACUACUUCCAGAGCAGUGAUUUCCUCGUGCCCGACUACCUGAGCCAGGUACAGGAGGAGGAGGAGGUGCUGGGAGUGCAGUAUGAGCUGGAGGAGUCCCAGCAUCACCCCGUCUACCCAGGCAGCACCUCCACCACCACUGCCACCUCAUCCUCCUCCUCAGUCCAGAUGCCCGUCAUCUCCCAGGUCUCCUCCUCUACCCAGAAUUGUGAGAGUUCCUCUGGCUUCCUUUCACCCGAGCCUCUGGAUCCCAUGGAAGCCCAAGCCUCCCUCAAGAUGGACGCUGACGAGACGGCAGCCACGACAGAGGAGACCAAGAUGGACGACAGUGUAGGUGGCAGUUCCCCAGAGGUGUUUGAAGAAGUGCAGCAGCAGCACGCCCAGGCCAAGGAGAUGGUUUCUAUCACCAUAGAAUGAUUAAAGAAGUCUUGCACUUGCUCAUCUUGUCUUAUUUUGCAGCCAUGUCAUAUGGGAAUAUCUGUCGGAGCGACUGGACACGUGCACAUGUUUGAAAUGUCAUCAUGUAAAGCCACCAUGAUUAAAGUUACCUGAAGACUUCA